CUGGUUUACUUUCUGUAAACACACCGGAUGAGCGGCAGGUUGUUAUUCUCCGAGUGAACUGUGACGGAAAGCGGCGUUUUCAAGCUCCAAGAUGUCCGGGCACGGACACGGUCACGCGCACGGGUGCGAGGGGGAGCACGAGCCCGCGGAGAGGGGCCUGGAGUACGGGCUGUACGGGCGCAUCGACCUGGAGAAGAUGCAGUGCCUGAACGAGAGCAGAGAAGGGGACGGCAAGCUGGUGUUCAAGCCGUGGGACCGGCGGAGGGAGCGGGACACGUAUGUCGAGAGUGACGCAGAUGAAGAGCUGCUGUUCAACAUCCCUUUCACAGGCAGCGUGAAGCUGAAGGGCAUCAUCAUCUCUGGGGAAAAUGACGACUCUCACCCAGCUGAGGUCCGACUGUACAAGAACAUCCCCCACAUGUCCUUCGACGACACCGGCAGAGAACCCGAGCAGGCGUUCAGACUCAACAGAGACCCUGUCGCUGAGCUGGAGUAUCCCACUAAGAUCGCCCGGUUUUCCAACGUGCAGCACCUCUCCAUCCACAUCUCCAAGAACUUUGGAUCGGAGAGCACCCGGGUCUACUACAUCGGUCUGAGGGGAGAAUUCUCCGAGGCCCACAGACAUGAAGUGACGAUCUGCAACUACGAGGCGUCGGCCAACCCCGCAGAUCACAAAGUAGAGAGCGUCAUCCCACAAACCAACUUCAUUUCCUGAAGAAGCUUCAGAGAGUCGGAAGGAGAAGAGAGCGGAAGAGAGGGCUUCUGUGCCCUCUGAUGGCUUGUCAUUGACAAAAAAAAAGGGUUAGAGGAGGAAUUCCAGGCUGCGUAGCGGCCGGCUGGUUCAGGCUUGACCGGGGACUUGGGUGCCGUACUCUGAAGACCAGAGAGCUCCAGAUGAGUCUUGAAGUGCCAUGUUGUUGCUCUGUUUUCUAUGGCAAUUAGGAGUCAAUGGUUAAUGUGCGGAAAAAAGCUUAAAAAUGAAAUGCAUGUAACAUUUGACACUUGGAUAAAGUCUGUUAUUAGUUUAACAUGUUUCCAGAUAUCCCCCCCUUCAAUAAAGGGACAGCUGCUUUCAAAUAAAACACAGCGGGCUGGAAGUAAACCGAGUGAUGUCACUCUUUGAAUGAUUAAACCACUAAAAGGUCGCUGUGUUUAGACUCUGGAUUCGUGGUUGGCUUAACGCAAGAAUUUUUAGGUAUGAAACUUAAUUUGCUCUGCAGUGAGAAAGAUUAAAAAAAAUAAAAUACACACUGGAUCCACAAGAACUUUCUUAAAUGCCUAGAGAUGAACAUAUUUCCAAUAAAGCUACAUUAUUGAA